CCAUUCACCCCUUCACCCCCUCCGCCCUUCUUGAGCAAAACACCCAAAUCGAACAGAGGGGCAGGCAUGAAGGACACAAUACUCCUGUUCCCAGCCACCGGCAUGGGUCAUCUGGUAUCCAUGGUGGAGCUGGGCAAACUCAUCCUCCACCAGUACGGCCACCAAUUCUCCAUCACUAUUCUACUCAUCAAUGGUCCUUUCGACCCCCCGGCCAUCACCUCUUACGUUAACGCCAUCUCCCAAACCCACCCCUCCAUUACCUUUCACACUUUGCCUCAACGCUCCGUCGACACUGCCCCCACUCGCAGCCACGCUGCCAUUGCUUUCGAAUUCCUAAGCCUCUACGGUUCGGAUUUCUUCGACUACCUGAAGCACCUCCCUGAUUCCUCCAAGCCUCGCGCUAUCGUUAUCGACUACUUCUGCGCUUCUGCUCUUCCAGUGGCGCGUGAGUUUGGCAUACCGGUUUUCCAUUUCUUCACCUCCGGUGCGGCCAUUCUUGGUGCGUACCUGUACUUGCCGACGAUGCACAAAGAGAUCAACACCACCCAGAGUUUCAAGGACCUCCCCGACACUCUGCUUCGUUUUCCUGGGUUUCCUCCGCUGCCAGCGACUCAAAUGCCUGAGCCCUUGCUUGAUAGAAAUGACCCGGCUUAUGACUACAUAAUUUACUUCUCCGAAUACCUCCGGAAAUCCGACGGUCUUUUGGUCAAUACUUUUGAAGCGCUUGAGCCAAAUGCGCUUCAAGUCCUUGCAGAUGGGUCGUGCGUCCCCAAAGGCACAACUCCGCCGGUUUACUGCGUGGGACCGCUGAUAGCCAAUCCAGAUGAAGGUGAAAGUCAGCACGCUUGCUUGACAUGGCUGGACUCGCAGCCAAGCAAGAGCGUGGUGUUCUUAUGCUUCGGCAGCCGCGGAUCCUUCUCGGCGGAGCAAGUGAAGGAGAUUGCCAAAGGAUUGGAGAACAGCGGACAGAGGUUCUUGUGGGUGGUGAAGAAUCCACCAAAAGACAACAGCAAGCAGAGUGAAGAAGCCGAUGAGAUAGACUUGGAAUGUUUAAUGCCAGAAGGGUUCUUGGACAGAACCAGAGAGAGGGGGAUGGUGGUGAAGUUAUGGGCACCGCAGGUGGCAGUGCUGAAGCACCCAUCAGUGGGCGGGUUCGUGACGCACUGCGGGUGGAACUCGGUGUUGGAGGCGGUGGUGAGGGGAGUGCCGAUGGUGGCGUGGCCUCUGUAUGCGGAGCAGCAUAUGAAUAGGGCGUUGUUGGUGGGGGUGAUGAAGAUGGCAAUAGCGGUGGAGGAGAGAGACGAAGAUCGGUUAGUGACCGGAGAAGAGGUGGAGAGAAGUGUCAGAGAGUUGAUGGAUACUGAAGUAGGAAGAGAGCUGAGGGAGAGAAGCAGGAAGCUGAGCGAGAUGGCGGAGGAAGCUUUGGGGCCACGUGGCACCUCAGCCGCGGCUCUUGCGAAGCUAGCAAAGUUAUGGUCAUGGUCAAGUCAAGGAUGAAGAUGGAAGACGAGGCUAAAAAAUGAAAAAUCUGCGCUUGGCUGUAUUUCUACGUAUGUUUCGUAUGUGUUGGAUUUUCUUGGCAUUUACAAUGGCAUAUUUCAAUUUUAACAUUUUCAC